AAUUACAUUCACCAUUUAUUUUAGAGUCAAUGUCAUGAUUGGUCGGUAGAAAUAGGUGAAGGUGAACGAGUCAUUUAACUUAUUGAAAUUUCAUGGUCAAAUCAGCACAUUGUAGCUAAGCAGUUGGUGUUAUAUGUAUUUUAGUUGUUUAUAUGAACUCAAAAAGGAUUGUUAUCAAGUUUUUCACUUUGUGGAAAUGAAUAAUUACUCAUAUCUAUUAAAUCUUAAAUGAACUGAGUAACGAAUAGAAAUUGUCAAGUGAUUUAAUUUUUUUUUUCAAAUAAUAGUAAUAACCACAUUGAUAUUUUAUUUGAAAUCAUGGCGAUACCAUUAAUUUCCACUUGUAGAGUUACAAUUACACUAAAUAUUAGAGAAAAUGAUGCCGCGAGAGAUGAGAAAAAGACAUGUGGAUUUCAUUUAACAAGAUCAAAGUGGGAUCCUUAUCCAUGGGUUGGAUACGUUGAACAUGGAAGUAUUGCUGACGUCGCUGGAUUGAAGACAGGGGAUUGUCUUUUACAAAUAGAUCAAGUGGAUGUUGUAGGUCUUCGAGUUAAAGAUAUAGCUUCAUUAAUAAGAAAAGAAUCUUCAGGAUCGGUGAUAAAUCUCCAAAUUUGGCGCAUCGAAGAGAAUAAUAAUAAUGGUGAAAAAAAGCAAUACAAUGGUAAUGAAUCAGGCACAGCACUUGCAGGGCCACUUCCAAUUUUAAUGGGAAAAUUUUUGAAAGCUAUAUCAAAGAUAGUGGAUAUAUUGGAGUGUCCAGUAUGCCUAGAAACAGCAACAUCCCCUAUUUCUCAAUGUGUACAUGGACAUAUAUUGUGUGCUACAUGUCGAAUUAAAACACUACGUUGUCCUGUGUGCCGAGUCAGACUUGGCCGAGGUAGAUGUCUCAUAGCUGAUGAAAUUCAACAAAGUAUUGGAGAAGCCUUUGAUAAUGAUUAUAAUUAUGAUAGAGAAAUUGCAUUCAAUAAUAAAGAAAUAAAUAAUCAUUCAAAUCAUUCAUUGAAACAAAAGUUAUUUGGAAAAGUUUCUUUAAAAUCAUAUGAUGAACCUGAGAGCCAUGUAAAAAAAUAUAAAACGUCGUUUUUCAGAUUAUUUAGAGGUGGAUUUGGUCGAGCAGUAUCAGCUGAUAAUUUAAUGACAUCGAAUGAAAAAGAAAAAUGCCAUGAGAAUGAUCCAACACGAGUGGGAUUUACAGGGCUUGGUGAAUUAACACGAGGAAAUAGAACUAAAUCAGCUAGUACGGGUGAAUUGUGUGUGGGCAAUGAAAGAAGAAGCAUGAUAAAUGAUAAUGGACAGACUAGCAAAUCAAGUGUACCUUUAACUCCCUCGUGGGGUGGAUCAAUGGAAUCUAUAUCGAAUAAUAAUCUCUUCUUAUGUCCAUUAUCCAUGCAGAGUGAAUGUAGAGAAUCCUUAACUCAACAUAGGCUUGCAGAACAUCUUGGAUAUGUCCACAAUUACAGAAAUCAAAUGCAUUUCUAUGGAAGCAAUGCAAUUAUACCAGUAUCUUUAUCAUCCCAUUCGUAUGUGAUAUAUAUUUUUCAUCAUGCAGAACAACUCUUUAUUUUCCAGUACGAAAAUGGAAGCGCUUGGAUGAUUGGUACAGGCGUAAAUCCAAUGAAAUGGAUUUUGCAUGCUUGGACUGACAAUAAAAUUAAAUUCAAACUUGAGCGACAAGUGUUGAAAAUAAAUGAUGCUACUCAUGAAAAAUUCUCAUCUCAUCAGGCACAUUUACCCAGCAAUGAUCAUUCUAUUGAUUUUAUCCACAUUGAAAUUAUUUCAUUACAAUGUGACGGAUUGUUAUGAUGACUUUAUAUUUUUCUUCUUUUUCCACCCCACUCUCCACCCUUGUUUGCAAAAGCAACUUGUAAAACUUUGUAUAAAUAUCUCUUUACUCUCUAAUUGAUUGAAUAUGGAAGAUGUAGAAUUAUCGUAAGGCACUUGGACUUUAUUGUGAACAACUUACAGAUGGAAUUAAUAUUUUAAUCGUUUAAUUAUUAUUGUCUACAAAUUGAAAAUAAUGGAUAAAUAUUGAA